CGUUUCCAAAAAACACAACAUUUAAGCCAUUGCUAGAAUAUGCUGAGUGGCCUUAUUAUUAUGUAACUUGAUGUAAUCGAGUCCAGCAGCUCCACAGCUGCAACAAGGCGUCUGCACGGGGCAGUAACAAACAUGGCGUCUGGCUAUGCGUGGUUUCUUGUGCUGGGGUCGGUUUUCCUGUGCAACCUCAUGAAAACACUCCUGCCGACCAUAUCCUCUUUCCUCUCAAAGAUGGUGCAGAAAGAUGCCGAGCAGGAGAGUGAGAUGAGGGCUGAAAUCCAGGAGAUGAAGAAGGAGCAGGCCUCAAUUAGCAUGAUGGAUGAGUUUGCUAGAUAUGCAAGGUUGGAGCGCAAAAUCAACAAGAUGACAGACAAGCUGAAAACACAUGUGAAAUCAAGAACAGCGCAACAAGCCAAGAUGAAAUGGGUUGUAAACAUCGUCUUCUACAUACUGCAGGCUGCUCUGAUGAUCUCCUUGAUAUGGAAGUAUUACUCUGAUCCGGUGACAGUGGUACCAAGUAAAUGGAUUGCCCCUGUGGAGCGCCUUGUGGCCUUCCCAACAGGAGUGGCAGGUGGAGUGGGAAUCACAUGCUGGCUGGUGGUUUGCAACAAAGUGGUCACACUGGGUCUCCAUGCUGUCAGCUAGAGACGGCAGCUGAGUCAAAUACACUGGUUUUCUAACUUAUUGCUCAACGUUUAGUUGAUGAAAGCCACAGUUUGUGUCUUUUUCUUGUUUUUGCUGCUUCGGGUCAACGUGUAAAAAUGCAGUGCAUUUUGGCGUUGGCUGUUUCACAUUGCAACAAGGUGUUUUGAUUAUUUUGAAUUUUUGUUUUUUUUGUUUGAUGAUGUUAAGUUAAUUGUGAGGAUGUUUUGACUGUAUUAUUUUGAAAAUAAUUAUUUGGAAAUGCCUUUUUAAGAAAAUAAAAACAAAAGAAAAGCA